CUAAGGAAACAGGCAGUUUGGUCCCCGUGACCCUUCAUCCCGCAGUCAGAACUGUGAUCGGUGAGUUUAACAACGACUCUAUUGUCCAACCAGAGCUGUGGCUGCUGCUGCUCCAGCUUCACAACCACCAAACUAACGGACCUCCUGCUCCACACACAAGCGGAGCUGAGCGGAGUGGGACGGACUUGGAUGUUACUCAGGAUCUCCCCGGUGCAGCAGCAGUAAAGAUCCACAAUCAUUUCAGCAAAGAAAGCACCAUGGCCAAGAAACUAUGUGGGACCAACUACCCGACCAGCAUCUGCUUCAUAGUGGUGAAUGAGUUCUGUGAACGCUUCUCCUUCUAUGGCAUGAAAGCCGUGCUGACGCUCUAUUUCCUCACCUACUUCCACUGGGACAAAGACCUCUCCACCGCGGUCUACCAUGCCUUCAGCGGCCUCUGCUACUUCACACCCAUCCUGGGAGCGCUCAUCGCUGACUCCUGGCUCGGAAAGUUCAAGACCAUCAUCUACCUCUCCAUCGUCUAUGUGAUCGGCCAUGUGAUCAAGUCGGUCGGAGCCAUUCCCACUGUGGGAAACAGCGAUGUGCACAUUGCUCUGUCCAUUGUCGGUCUUAUACUCAUCGCCUUCGGCACCGGAGGAAUCAAACCCUGCGUGGCAGCAUUCGGAGGAGACCAGUUUGACGAGGAGCACAUCAGCGAGAGGCAGAAAUUCUUCUCCAUUUUCUACAUGUCAAUUAACGCUGGAAGCCUCCUGUCGACUGUGAUCACACCCAUGCUGAGAGGGGAUGUGCAGUGUUUCGGGGGCGACUGCUACGCUCUGGCCUUCGGGGUUCCUGCAAUUCUGAUGGUCGUGGCUUUAGUUGUUUUCAUUGCUGGCAGCGGGAUGUACAAGAGGAAUCCUCCCCAGGGAAACAUCCUGUUGGAAGUCUGCAAUUGCAUUGGAUUUGCCAUCAAGAGCCGCUGGAGGAGCUCAAAGGAUGUCCCCAAGAGGAAGCACUGGCUGGACUGGGCUGAGGAGAAGUACUCGAAGCGUCUGAUCCAGGAGAUUAAGAUGGUGCUGCGGGUGUUGGUGCUCUACAUCCCACUGCCCAUGUUCUGGGCUCUGUUUGAUCAGCAGGGUUCCCGCUGGACGCUUCAAGCCACGAGGAUGAACAUGGCUGUUGGAGAUUCCUUCAUUAUCAAGCCGGACCAAAUGCAGAUGAUGAAUGCUCUGCUGAUUCUACUCUUUGUGCCCAUCUUUGACCUCAUCAUCUAUCCGCUCAUCGGCCUCUGCAGAAUCCGUCUCACGCCUCUAAGGAAAAUGGCUGCAGGGAUGGUUUUUGCAGCGCUGGCAUUCGGAGCGGCCACACUGGUCGAGGUGAACGUCGUGAAAACAGUGGUGGAUCCUGCACCUUCAGGGAAAUGUCUCGUGCAGACCUUAAACCUGGCAAGGGGUGAUGUCAUGGUGGAUUUUCCUGGCAGUGACCUGUUUAAAGAGCCAAUCCCAUACCUUCAGGACCCUCCUCAAUAUGAAACACUUCCACUGGGGUCGUCCAACAAAGAACUGACAAUUCAAGUCACUUUGAAUGGAGAAGCUUCACCGUGUGAUCAGACGUUUGAACAACAAAAGGCCUACACACUCAUCAUCUACUCCCAAACUACAGGAAUCCAGUGCAAACUCGUGAAUGACUCCAUAAACAAAAAUGAAAAUGGGAAUCCUUUUCUGAGGUUUCUCAACACUCAGCCAACAGAAAUGAACCUCACUGUGGGAGAUGUGACUUUCCACGUGCUCCCCGGUUACAGCAUCACUCCAAGCAAGGCUGUGGAGCGGGGAAUAUACCCAUACGUCAGCUGCAGCCCCCAGUCAGAGAAUUGCAGUGAGUUUAACCUGGGCGUCUUGGACUUUGGAGCUUCCUACACCUUCAUACUCACUGAGGACUCAGGUAAACUUGCAGCCAACAGGGUGGAAGACGUGAGACCCAACAACGUGAACAUUGCCUGGCAGAUCCCCCAGUACGUGCUCAUAACGGCUGGAGAGGUCAUGUUCUCCAUUACUGGCCUGGAGUUCUCCUACUCACAGGCUCCGGCCAACAUGAAGUCAGUCCUGCAGGCCGGCUGGCUGCUCACCGUCGCAUUUGGGAACAUGAUAGUGCUGAUUGUGGCAGAGGGUGCGGGACUGGAACAGUGGAAGGAGUUCCUGCUGUUUGCCUGCCUGCUGUUGGGCGUCUGCAUCAUCUUCUCCUUCAUGUCCUACUUCUACACCUACGUUGACCCUGAUCAGGUGGAGAAGUUGUACAUGGACAAUUCAAGGAAGGAGGAAGACGACGAUGACAAGAUGAAGAAAAACUCCAACGACAUACACCUGAACAAUACCGGGAAGAACACAAAAUUAUAAGCCACAUAACAAAGGUGAAGCUUUUGAGAUUUAGACAAGCAGCCCUCAUGAGACGCUUUUAAGUUUCUUUUAGUUUUAAAUUUCUCGCUUUUAUAUUCAUGUACUUUUUUGUGAAAAUGUUGCACUAAGAUGUGAUCGUUUGACUUUCCUUGUGGUUUCAAGUUUAAUAUGUCAUUUCAUAUAUUUUGUGAAAACAUUAACACUCCAGUCACUACGAGAUGUAACAGUCCACCAGUGUAAUAUUGUUUAAAAGAGGCAGUGUGUGCUUUCUCACACCAUGAUCAAUAGUGUUUUUAAAGAUAAACGUCUGAUGUUAUAUGCUGUAUAUAUUUGUUGCAAACUAACACUAAUGACAGAUGUUGUAUUUUAUGUCACGCAAAAAUAAUAAUCACACCUUCUGUUGUGUUUGAUAGAAAACAUAGGAGAAAUGGUAAAGUUUAACUUGUGAACGACAGUGAUAAUAAUGACAAUAGUAACUAGUGGUUUUGCAUUGUAUCAGUCAAUAAUUACAAAUUCAGCGUAUGUAACAAUUGCUAUUUCGCUGCAGAAGUAAAACACAGAUCCUAUUGAAAAACUAAAUUUCACAAGAAAUCUUCAAUCCCUCUAAGUUGAAUUAAAGCCAGAUAUUGCCACUGAGAAGUCUUAAAAAUUACAUAAACUUAGUUUUACAGUGCACUGUUGUGUGGUAUAUUUUGUAAUAUUAGAAAGUAUAGAAUACUAAUUUUUUUCACAGAAGAUAUUAGGAAAUGAUGGCUGAACGUAGCUGUUUCAUUUAUAGGUUCCCGGAUGUUCAUAUUCUUUUACUGUCACACUAUCAUAGUUUACAGAGCUGUCAUUAAUUUUGUAAUAUUGUACAUGUUAUUUGUUUAAUGUGCUUUAACGUGCAAAACCAACAAUUUGGUCCUUUAGUCUUUAAAAACUUGAUGGAAAUGUUUUAUUCAGGUUAACGUGUUUAUUUUGCUGCUCCCUAUUAAGUUCUGUAAAUAGACUGUUGUAGAAAAAUUAACUAAGUAUGGUUGACAAACUGUUUUGUAUUUGGAUAGUAAGUUUUUGCAGCCUUGUCUAAAGACUUUUAUGACCUGUAUCUACAUAUACCAAAUGCUUUAUGACCUGAGUUAUGGUCGGAACUGUUUAGGACCUGAAUACAAUGAGACCUUUUGCCACUUAUUUACCCACCACAGGAAGGAGUGUAUGUCUUCCUAUCACCUUAGGAAACACAUGUGAAUCAGUUGUUUGUGUUUAGAUGUUUAGAUACCUCUCUUUCCUGCGCCUACGGAACCAGUCUGGAUUGGUUCAGAGAGAAAGCCCUCAGUUCUCCUAUAUAAGAUCCUUGUAUUUGACUGUUCUUCAUCUUCCCUCUGAGAUCCUUGUGGUCACCCUGUGUUGAUCCUUUCUGCAGAAAGCCCUUAUUAAAUACGCGUAGAUAACU